UGGGUCUCUUCAUCCAUCAAUUCCAUUUCUCAUACAGUGUAUGCACUCUCUAUGCCCUAUUGCAAGUCCAGAAUCAUUAACCAUUUCUUCUGUGAUAUCCCAGCCAUGGUGCCUCUGGCCUGCAUGGAUACCUGGGCCUAUGAGUAUACAGUGUUCUUCAGCACCAACCUAUUUCUUUUGGUCCCUUUCCUUGGCAUCAUGGCUUCCUAUGGUCGGGUCCUCUAUGCUGUCCACCACAUGCGCUCAUCACAGGGGAAGAAGAAAGCCUUCACCACCUGCUCCACUCACCUGACUGUGGUCACCUUCUACUAUGCCCCAUUUGUGUACACAUAUCUGAGGCCUCCAUCUCUGCGUUCCCCAGAAGAGGACAAGAACUUGGCUGUCUUCUACACCAUUCUCACCCCUAUGCUUAACCCCAUCAUCUACAGCCUGAGGAAUAAGGAGGUGUUGGGGGCCCUGCAGAGGGUCUCUGGGAAAAUCUUAUCACAGAAGGAGUAG